AUGGACGCCGUAGAGUUGGACACCUUCCGCCACUCGGAGCGGCGCUUGUCCGAGGGCCGCAGCCGCAGCAGGGCGCUUCCGGAGCCGAGCGGCGAGCCGGCGGACCAAUGGGCGGCACGGCUCUGGCGUCGCCUCGACCGGGACAAAAAUGGCUUCGUGACGCGGAAGGAGUUGGACUGCGAGGAGUUCCACAACGUGAUCCGCGCGGCUGUGGCGCCGUCCACCGGCAGCACCGGGGGGGCCAGCUAUACCAGGACCAUGGUGAACGUGGACGGAGCCAUCGAGCUUUGCCUUCGUAAGGCGGACAACAACAAGGACGCGAAGCUCUCCUGGAAGGAGUUCCGGAGCCUCAUGCGGUGCCUCAGGGAGCCGCGCUUCGCGCGGUACUCCGCGAACCUGGUGUUUGCCUUGUUCGACUUGGACAACAACCGCUGCGUGGGCCGCGAGGAGUUCCGGGAGCUGUUCCGCUUCCUGCUGGGCCGCAGCCCCACCUUCCAGGAAUUCGAGAACGGGAAUGGGACCGCCUGGUGUCGCCGAACGGGGAGAAUCCCACCGAGUACGUGGACCAGCGUAGCUACAUCCGUUGGCUGCAGACCAGCGAGGAGCCGGCCAUCCGGCAACAGGCGCCGGAGUGUCAAGCGCACAGCGCUGCGCCCAAGACGCCCAAGACUGCACCGAGCCCCAGCAGCCCUGGCUCAUUCUCGGUGGACCUCUCCGGCACGGAAUUUCCCAAGUGGAAUCAGCGCUUCAACAUCUCCGUGA